UUUGCCAGCGCUCGUUUCGGAAUCUAGUCGCAAGUCCGAAACUGUGACACGCGCAGAUGAAAAACACAGGUCGCCAUCUCCUUUGACGCCGCUGUUGAUGAUGGGAAGCAAUCCUCCCGAGCACGGGACCAAGCCGAGAUCCACCAGACACCACAGACAACAGAAUCAUCGAGUGGUGCGCAAACAGCCACCGCGUCCUAUUGCCAGCGACCGCCACAAUAUCUACAUUACCAGCAAGACAGACUUCAAGGCCCAGCAACGGCGCUGCGAGGAGCUGCUUAACUCUGGUGCCCGCGAGAUCUUCCUGCAUUGCAUGGGCUUCUCGGUCACCCGAGGCCUCAAUCUCGCCCUGCGCCUCGUCCAGAAUUCAGACGGUGCCCUUAGCUACGCAAUUAACACCUCCACCGUUCAGCUGGUGGACGAACUUCAUCCGCUUUGCGAUGCUGAGGACGUAACCUUCCGCCAGCGCAACAACUCGGCCCUGCACAUCAAGAUCUUUAAUCGCAGCCUUUUCGACAUCGUCGUGCCGCAGCCAUCGCAAUCGCAAACGCAACCACAAUCCCAGGGAGGGUUCCGGGGAAAGCCAAAGGCCAGACAGUAG